AUGGUCAUUUCUGCUGUGUCUCCUGUGUGUCCUGUCUUCCUGGUGGAUCUAACCACCGCCUGUCCUCCGACCUGCCUCUGCAACGCCACCGACGUAGACUGCAGCGGGCGUGGCCUGCUCUCCAUGCCCGCCCUCACCCAUCUCCCCGUCACCGUCCGCACCCUCCCUGCCAACAACCACCUCUCCUCCCUGGGCCCAGGGUCCUUCGCUAACCUACCCUCCCUGGAGCGACUGGAUCUCUCCAACAACUACCUGGAUGAUCUACCCCCAGCGCUCUUCAAGGACCUGGGGAAUCUAUCAGAUCUGACCCUCCACAACAACAGUCUCAGGGCCUUGGAUAAGGAUCUCUUCCAGGGGCUGGUGGGGCUGAGGAAGCUAGAUGUCUCCCUCAACGGGCUGUCUGAUGUCCCCCUGGGUCUGCUGGAUGAGCUGCAGGGGCUGACGUGGCUCUCCGUGGCUGGGAACAGGCUCCAUGCCCUGGACAGAGCGGCCUUCGAGCCCCUGGCUAACCUCCAGUAUCUUCAGCUGGGGGCUAACCCCUGGGAGUGUGACUGCAACCUGAGGGACUAACACUGGAUGGAGUGGCUGCUGUACAAGAGGUGA